AUGGCGCGAGCCAAACCUCAGUUCAAGAGCUUCGUGGCGGGCCCGCCGCCUGAGCCUGCCGCUACCGCAACUCCGCCUGAGUUGACGAUGGCUCCCUCCACGACAAGAGCGCCGCGCUCUGCUGCCGAUUCAUACCAGUUCGCCGCAAUGGAUGCCGAAGAUGAGGUGAACCCACACCUCCACGAGAAGUUUUCACGCAUAAACAUCGCUGGUCGUUCACAACAUGGAACUUCAUUCGCCAGAUCCUCCGUUGAACCUUCGGUUACCGUGCCUCAUACCAUCCGCCAGUAUGUGUCCGAAGCAAAUCUUCCCGUGGCCACUGAGUCAUGGUUAUCUCGGCCAGAGGUACCGACCACUGAGGAAAUCCUUGAUACAGAGGAUUUUCUGAGUGACACGGUGUCAAUUCUGCCAAACAACAUCGACGGCCCCUGGGCAUCGAAGGAACGGUAUCUCGAGAGUCUGUUUGAGCUCUUGAGAGAGGACACGGUCCGGCCCUUACGCGAGACGGUCGGCCGGAUCCGCACGAAGUCGUGGGGAAAAGAAGACGAGUAUGGCAGUACUGUGGGCAUUUAUAAUAAUGUCCACAUAGUCGGUUUUACCUUCUCUCCUCGUGGACUUGCCGCCCGCGUCCAAUUCUCUCUUGCCCGCGCUGGUAAACGAAUCCACUGGGAGCAAUCUAAGCGGCUGCUUACAGGCUCACUCAUUGCACUGACACCGGAGAGUGACAACUUCCGUUCUAAAUGUACCGUGGCGGUCAUCGCUGCCAGGCCGUUGGCCAACCUGGUGCAAGACCCGCCUGAAAUCGACAUCUUCUUCCCACGCCCCGAGGAAGUUGAGAUUGAUCCUGGCCAAUGCUGGAUGAUGGUCGAAGAGCGCAGCAGCUACUUUGAAGGUACACGACACACGCUCCGUGCGCUACAGAAGUUGAUGAGAGAACCGUUUCCUUUAUCGGAGCAUCUCAUCAACCUCGAGACAGCUGUCGAUGCCCCGGACUACAUCGAAAGGAACCCACACCUUGAUCUUACUCCAGUAUUCGAGGGCGAAACAAGCAUGAAUGUCCUUCAGCCGUGGCCGGACUAUCUGAAGACAGAGCUGGACAAGACUCAAGUCCUUGCCCUACAGCGCAUGAUCACGAAGAAAUGCGCCAUCAUUCAAGGACCCCCUGGAACUGGCAAGACUCACGUGUCCGUGGUUGCUCUAAAAGCCUUACUGAACAACAUGGAGCAAGGUUUCGACGCACCCAUCAUUGUCGCUUGCCAGACCAACCACGCUCUGGAUCAGCUUUUGCGUCAUGUUGCAGCCUUUGAGCCUAGCUUCGUGCGCUUAGGCGGUCGCUCUCGCGAUGAAGAGAUCAAGAAGCGCACACUCUUUGAGCUCAAGCAGGUUGACAGGCCACCGUCCAUCGCCGGUGGUGCGAUGAGCCCGGCGAUCUUCCGCCUAAAGAACAUUGAGAGGCAGAUGCGUACGCUUCUCUCUCCUCUACAAGUCAGGAGUGCGUUCUUCUCCCACAAUCUCCUCCACCAGCUCAAAAUUAUCACUGAAAAGCAAUUCGAGUCGUUUGAGCGUGGUGAUACUCGCUGGGAAUCCCAUGGCGCCCAACAGGAAGAUCAUUCUGAGGAUCGAAUCGCUGACUGGAUCGGCAAGCACUAUGAGUUUGUUGAGAGGGGCAUCCCUCCAGACGAUUUCGCGUUUGAGUAUGAAGAGGUCGAUCUCGAAUUCGAGCAACUCAAGGAAAUCGAAGCCGAGAACAUGGUCAAAGACGAUGAAGACUACGAAACACUACCAGGCGGUAUAAUAAACCUGUCAGAGAACCUUGUCGGCAAACAUUCUACGUCCACGAGCGUCACGGAUGAGGACGUUCGACGACUACUCUCGAAGACCGACAACAUGUACAAGAUCAAGGACAAGCUGAGGGGCGUGGUGUACAAUUAUCUGAGGAACCAGGCGAAAGAACUGAUCUUGAAAGCAUUCCGUGAGGUUGCGAAAGAAUACCAGGAGGCUGUCGUACAGCGUGCCGUUGGUCGAUGGGAACUUGACCAUAUGGUACUGAGGAAGCAAAAGAUUAUCGGUAUGACAACCACUGGGCUCAGCAAGUACCGCGCUCUGGUGUCGUCUCUGGAACCCAAGAUCGUCCUGAUUGAGGAAGCUGCCGAGACAUUGGAGGCCCCGGUGACCGCAGCUUGCGUCCCUUCCUUGGAGCACCUCAUCCUCGUUGGUGACCAUCAGCAACUUCGGCCCCAUUGCCAUGUCUCGGACCAUGAAGAUGACCCUUUCUUUCUUAACGUGUCGCUCUUUGAGCGCCUUGUAAGGAACAAGGUAGAGUACGACACUCUUCGCCGGCAGAGGCGCAUGGUUCCGCAGAUCCGACGUCUUAUCAGACCCAUCUACGGAGACCUCAUCAAAGACCAUCCCUCAGUCAAGGACCCAGCCAUCCGCGCUCCUGUUCCUGGCAUGGGUGACAUCGACACUUUCUUCUUUACUCACGAGUGGCCGGAGACCGUUGAUACCCAAAUGUCCUCGUGUAACGCUAUGGAGGCCGACAUGAUUGCCCAAUUCUACAACUAUCUCUUUAUGAACGGCAUGCCUUACGGAAACAUAACGGUGCUGACCUUCUACAACGGCCAACGCAAGCUAAUCCUAAAGAAACUCAGGUCCCAUCCGAACUUACAAGGGACCGGACGCGACCUUAGAGUUGUCACCGUUGACUCCUACCAGGGCGAAGAGAAUGAAGUUGUCCUCCUCUCGCUGGUCCGCAGCAACAUCAAUGGCCGCGUUGGCUUCUUGAGCAACGUGAAUAGGGUUUGCGUUGCUCUUUCACGCGCUAAACGAGGUUUCUACAUGUUCGGCAACGGCCAACUUCUUGCCACCGAGAGCAAGAUCUGGUCGGAGGUCAUCACCGUUCUAGCUGGUAAGAAGAGUCUCAAGGAGGAAGCCAUGCGGGUUGGCUAUCACCUGCCUCUGACUUGUGUCAAGCAUGGGCGCAAAACUUUUAUCGGUGAUCUCGAUGACUGGAGCCUUGUGCACGGCGGCUGCGAAGAGAUGUGCAAGGGAAAACUUCCCUGCGGUCAUCACUGCAUUCUACACUGCCACCCGUUCCCGCACGAGACAGUCAGUUGCAACCAGAGUUGCCGAAGGACCCUAGGUUGUGGUCAUAUGUGUGCAGCAUCUUGCGCUGACGAAUGCCGUUGCACAAUCUGCGUGCGUGCAGUCGGGUCCAUUCUCCGCCCGGGAGCGAGGCCUACGCUUAACACUGGCCAGGUUGCGCUGAGAAAGAACGACACUGCUGCCCACUCUAGGCGUCCUCCAACGCCUGGUGCUGGACCCACUACUCAGCCAUUCCGUCAGGCCGGCUCUGUACGGAUUUCACCACUUUGUGGCGCCCAUCGCAAAUCGAACAGUGAUGGAUCUGACCACUCAACAUGGCAAGCCUACACUCAGAACGUCAGGGAGCACGAUGCAGAACUGGCACAACGAGCAAACCAACAGUACCAGGAAAGGCUGGAACAUUUGGACCAGCGCCGCACUGCCCUAUUGGAAAAGGAGAUGGAACGUUCCGUCUUCAAUGAUGACUAUCGGAGCGCCCCUUCAGCUUUACAGGCUACGGCUGGUGCUAAGUAUUCUUCUGGAACGCGUGGUGCUACCCCACCCUCAACUGGCCGUGGCCCCCAUCGCCAGCGAUGGGUGCACGAUUACGACCCUGUUUCGAGCAGCAGGACACCGACCAAUUCGGAGCAGAGCCUCCUUGACUAA